GGAACGUUCAGUAGUGCGCUUGUUUCCGUGGAGAUAACUUAUUUCUGAACAAGAAGCGAAGGCGUCCUGUCACAAAAUGGUUCCCCUAACAACUAUAAGGAAGUUUGUGAACACGGUGUUUUGUUGUAUUUUUUAAUUUAUGUUUCUGCCAUCGCUCAAGUUAUAGCUAAUCUAAAAAUGGAUUCCAGGGUUUCUGAAAAUAAAGUGUCUCGCCCGUUGAGACGAUCGACAAGGCAGUCUUCGGGUUACGUUAAAGUAUUGAGUUUUGAAGCGACGCCCAGAGGUCCUCUAAAACGGACCAGAAAGGGGUUAGAAAGCCAAGCCCCUUUAACAGCUGUCAAUGGUUCCAAAGAUGUGGAGACUGGCUUAGAGGAUGAAGUUUCCCCUAGCAAGAAGAGCAGGCUGGAGACUGGAGGAGCAGUGGGCGGCAGUGGUGAUAAGAAUGACACUGAGAUGGAUGUCCAGGAAUCAGUUGAAGAUCUGGAGGAAAAUAAAGAUGAAGACCAGGAAAUGGAUAUUAUACAGGAUUCCUCUCAUCUCACUCCUCAACCAAAGGUUGAAAGGUGCCAAGGCGAUUUUGGAGAUAUGAAUUUAUCCCCUCGUGUAGUACUUCAUGAAUGCAGAUCCAGUCAUGCUGUACAUGAAGAUGCAGACUUGAUGAAAACCAAGACCGUUAAACCAUCAACAAAAGCACGUGUACCCCCCACCAAGUCUACUGCGCAAAUCAGACCACCGGCAAACCAACAUGAUGUGACGAUCCAUAGCAUGGAUGACUACAAGAGAACGAUGGAGGCCAAAGCCAAGAGCACUGGUAUACUGGCAGUUAACCACCAUGUCCCAAGUGCGUAUCCAACCUCAGAGAAAUCCUACACAACCCGACAGCGUGUGAAUAACAUACCGGCUCGAGAAGAAACCGUUCAGCAGAAAAAACAAGGGAUGAAGAAAACCAAUGUUAUCAAGAAACGCUCUGGAUAUUCCUGCCCAGGAUUCCUGUGGUGUUUAUGGCGUUUGGUUCUCCUUGUGUUGCUCUGUUCUGCCAUCUUGCUGGCAUACAAAAUCAUCCCUGUAGUCAAAAAGACUGCAGAUGAAGGAAUGCAUCCAUCCAGGGCUUUAAAGCCAGAAGUGUUUGCAGAUCGGUUCUCUCUUCUUAAGACUCAGUUCCCUAGUCAGCGGCCUGAGUUGUGGCAGAGGAGCAAGAUCCACCUGGAGAAUCAUCUCGAAACAGCCCAUCCUACAGAGCCAGUGAGUCUGAUCUUUACUGCAGGCCAAAGAGCUGAGACCACACUGCGCUGCCUGGCUCAGGGGCUGGCCUCCGCCUUCUCGUCUGCCCUCAACGCUUCCAUCCUCUACAUCGAUGGAGCCAGCAAAGCCGGCCAGGACAGCGAUGAGGUGAAGCUGGAAAUUGACGGACAGUUUCGAGCAGCCUUCGACGGAGACAAACCCGUGGCUGUAAUUCAUCGAUUCGAAGAGCUGCCUCCGGGCUCCACCCUUAUUUUUUAUCGCUACUGCGACCACGAGAACGCCGCCUACAAGCGGGUGUUCUUGUUGUUUACUGUGCUACUGCCUCAAGAUGAGGUCAAGGGUAAUCAUAGUCUGAAGGAAGUGGAGGAGAUGGUGCAAGAAUAUGUCAAGGUAAAGCUGGUGGACUCCAGCAACCAAACUGGCUUCAACGAGAUGGACGCUGACAAGUUCGGUGGACUGUGGAGCCGCAUCUCCCAUCUUGUCUUACCCGUGGUGUCUGAGAAGGAAGUAGAGCAGAAAGGAUGCUGAUGAACCAAGCUGGCCAUCAAAGAAGAUGUCACAAUACCGCUUUGGACCAGUCUGAUCCUCCUUGGCACUGGGCAGGAGCUCUGAAACCGAGAACAUGUAAAUAUAAUGUGCGUGUUGUUACAUUUCCCAUAUAGAUUUUAGUUCAAAUGUUUAAAGGUUGUAAUAAUCUCUCUCUGUUAGAGAUGAGAUUGUUCUCUUGCUGUCUAAUGUUGAUGAUUUAGCACUGAGUUUUUACACGUGUACAUGUACAGGCUUUUGCGUAAGGAUGUUACAGUCCCAUCAUCAUUCCACUUCCAAAGUAGGUUAUGAAAUGCAUAUUCUCAUGCAGAUUUAGCAUACAAUAUACAUAGUUGGAUUGUACCAUAAAUCUGUAUUGACAGCAUGUUGUUCAACCGCUUUUUAAUCCAUCUAAGAAGAGUUUUUGGUGAAAGAUCAGCAUGGAUUACACUGGGUCCUUCUUUAGAAACUAAUAAAACAUGUUUUAUUUUCUGUGGGCAUCUUUGUUUUAGAAGCAAAUUCAUAUUUCUUGUUCUGUAUCAAAUCUCAACUGAUGGCUUCCUUAAUAUUUCUGUUGAAUGUCCCCAUGGAGAUGUGUGUACCAUUGUUCAUUUAAUUCUCUUGUCUGCGCAAUUGGAUUUGCACUAAAACUGUAUUCUUUAACUAUACAUCUAUACAAGAGUGCUGGCUUUUAUUAAGAAAUAUUUUAUAUUCUUAGUUUUUUUCUGAAU